AUGUCCCCCAUCGCCGUCACCUCUCCCAAUGAGCCGCUGCGAAACCUCAAGCAGUGCGCCGCCGCCGCGACGCCUGGGCUAUCGACCGAAACAUGCGACGCCCUAUCCUUCCAAGGCCGAGUCCGCGCGAUGAUCUUUGGCGGAGCCUUCGGUGACGCCCUCGGCGCAGUCAUCGAGAAGAUGACCCAUCAGGAGAUCAAGGACAUGUACGGCAAGGUAACCCACCUGGACGUACCUUGGUGGCGGGAGACACAGGAUGCUGUCAGGCGCAAGGGUCGAGUCAGGGGACGCGGCAUCAUCACCGACGACACCCUCAUGACCAUCUGUCUCAUGUCCGUCUACUGCACGGAGGAGCGCCACCUCGACGCAUGGGACGUGGCCCGAGGCAUCAUCCGCGAGGUGGUCUGGACCCCUCGGUACAUCCCCGAGAUGCAGCGCGAGACUAUGCUCCAGGAGCGUCUCUGGUACGCCGAGAAGUGGCUCUUCAUGCGUCACCAGAUGACCAACUGCGAUCCUCGGCAGGGCGGUAUCGGGAACCAGGUCAACUGCGGAGCCGCCAUGUACAUCGCUCCCAUCGGCGCCGUUAAUGCUGGUAACCCUCGCGCGGCGUACAGCGAAGCAAUCCACUUUGCCUCGGCGCACCAGGAGUCGUACGGUCUCGAGGCGGCCGGGGUGCUUGCGGCGGCGGUGGCUGCUGCCUUUGUCCCCGGCACCACCGUCGAUGACAUCGUCGAGGUGGCUAUCGCGGUUGCCCAUGACGGCACCAAGGCUGCCAUCGUCGCCAUCGUCGAGGCCGCCCGUGCCAUGAUCGGAGCGCCGUACGACGAUGUCGUAGUCAAAUUCCACGAGGUCAUUGCCAAGUACUCGUACACUGGCGAUGACAUCGACUACACCAUCGACAAGGCCGGUGUUCCCUCCCAGGCGUACCGUCCCUCCCGCUUCAACAGCAUUGAGGAGCUACCCCUCGCCUUCGGCUUUGCCAUCACCAACAAGGGCGAAUUCUACGGCAGCAUCAUUGACGGCGUCAAUUCGGGCCGCGAUACCGAUUCGAUCGGCGUCAUGAUCGGUUGCUUCCUCGGUCCACUCCACGGCGCCUCCGUCAUCGAGAAGCAGCAUCUCGACAUGCUCAACUCGGCCAAUCACUUUGAUCUCCUCAGCAAUGCCGACGCCUUUGGCAAGGUCGCUCGUAAGAUCCAGGCGGAGGAUGAGGAGGAGAUCCAUAAGGUCUUGCAGGCGAGGAAGCAGCUGGCUUGA